AUAAUUGCUGGUAACCCUGCAAGUUUUGAUGAUUAUUAAGAUUUGAUGAUCUAGCUGAGGAACUGAAUUUCUUAAAUCUCAGACAAAAGAAACACUCUCUGUCUGAGUCAAAGAUGGUGAGAGCUCCUUUCUUUGACAAGAAUGGACUCAAGAAAGGUGCUUGGAGUCCUGAGGAAGACGAGAAAUUAAGAGCUUAUGUGCUAAGAUAUGGUCACUGGAACUGGCGAGAACUUCCCAAGUUCGCAGGUCUGUCAAGGUGUGGCAAGAGUUGCAGAUUACGGUGGAUGAACUACCUGCGGCCUGGUGUAAAACAUGGAAGCUUCUCCGAGCAAGAAGAUGAUAUGAUCAUCAAAUUACACCAAGAAGUGGGAAAUAAAUGGUCCUUGAUUGCAGCCAAGUUAACGGGAAGAACAGAUAAUGAAAUUAAAAACUAUUGGCACUCCCAUCUAAAGAAGAGAGUGAAACGCAAGCAAAUGCAAAACCCAUCUGGGUUGAAAGAGCUAGCAAGUGAAAGUUCCCAAAGCGAUGUCAGAGAGAAUGCAGAACUACUUGAAGCUCAAAAUUUCUUUCCAAAUGGUCCCUCGCACCUAAUAUUAGAAAGUUCCCCAUUAUCCCCGGAAACACAUUCUAGUAAAUUCUUCCCUAUGACAUCUGAUUCUGCUCUCGUUACUCCAUGUGAUAAAAGUAGGAUUGCAGAAAGUUUCACAUCAUUUCAAACUUUUGAAGAAUCUUUGGGGGAUUUCUGGACUGAACCAUUUGUAGCAGAUAAUAGCUAUAACCAAGAUGGGGGAUUUAUGCCACCUUGUGUUUCUCAUGAUGAUGACAGUAUAGAAUUGCUUUAUCAAGUUAUGCAGGAACUACCAUGGAAUUAGGUUUUUUUUUUUUUUUUUUUCCUUUUUCUUUCGGAUUAUUUUUUCUAGAUCUAAUUUGCUAUAAACUCAAAACACAACAUGAAUAAUAAGACUCACCUAUUAAAUA